GCCCGCGCCCCGCGGCAGCUCCGCAGUGCACUCGCCGCCGCCGCUCCUCCAGCUCCGCUGCCCGCCCGCCGGGUCGGCCUCGAGCGAGCCUCAGACGCCAGCGGAGGAGGUCAUGAGCCACAGCGCCCCGGGGCGCCGCGGGGAGAGCGAGCGAAGAUAGCGCCCUCGCACCCCCCUGGCCCUCGCCGCCUGGCCGCGCGUCCCCCGGGUCCCCGGUCCCUGCUGUCCUCUCCUCGGGGUCCGCCGCCGCCAUGGCCAACCUGCUCCGCAGCAAGCUGUCCAAUGUGGCCACGUCCGUGUCCAACAAGUCCCAGGCCAAGGUGAGCGGCAUGUUCGCCAGGAUGGGUUUUCAGGCGGCCACCGACGAGGAAGCGGUGGGCUUCGCGCAUUGCGACGACCUCGACUUUGAGCACCGUCAGGGCUUGCAGAUGGACAUCCUGAAAAGCGAGGGCGAGCUCUGCGGGGACGAGAGCACCGAACCACCCGUCGAGGGAGACAUCCAUUACCAGCGCGGCGGUGGCGCGCCACUGCCGCCCUCGGGCUCAAAGGACCAGGCCCUAGGAGCUGGUGGCGAGUUUGGGGGCCACGACAAGCCCAAGAUCACGGCGUGGGAGGCGGGCUGGAACGUGACCAACGCUAUCCAGGGCAUGUUCGUGCUGGGCCUGCCCUACGCCAUCCUGCACGGCGGCUACCUGGGAUUGUUCCUUAUUAUCUUCGCCGCCGUGGUGUGCUGCUACACCGGCAAGAUCCUCAUCGCCUGCCUGUACGAGGAGAACGAGGACGGCGAGGUGGUGCGCGUGCGGGACUCGUACGUGGCCAUUGCCAACGCCUGCUGCGCCCCGCGCUUCCCCACGCUGGGCGGCCGCGUGGUGAACGUGGCGCAGAUCAUCGAGCUGGUGAUGACUUGCAUCCUGUACGUGGUGGUGAGCGGCAACCUCAUGUACAACAGCUUUCCGGGGCUGCCCGUGUCGCAGAAGUCUUGGUCCAUCAUCGCCACGGCGGUGCUGCUGCCUUGCGCGUUCCUUAAGAACCUCAAGGCCGUGUCCAAGUUCAGCCUGCUGUGCACGUUGGCCCACUUCGUCAUCAACAUUCUGGUCAUUGCCUACUGCCUGUCGCGGGCGCGCGAUUGGGCCUGGGAGAAGGUCAAGUUCUACAUCGACGUCAAGAAGUUUCCCAUCUCCAUCGGCAUCAUCGUGUUCAGCUACACGUCGCAGAUCUUCCUGCCUUCGCUGGAAGGCAACAUGCAGCAGCCGAGCGAGUUCCACUGCAUGAUGAACUGGACGCACAUCGCCGCCUGCGUGCUCAAAGGCCUCUUCGCGCUCGUCGCCUACCUCACCUGGGCCGAUGAGACCAAGGAGGUCAUCACGGAUAACCUGCCCGGGUCCAUCCGCGCCGUGGUCAACAUAUUCCUGGUGGCCAAGGCGCUGCUCUCCUACCCCUUGCCCUUCUUCGCUGCUGUCGAGGUGCUGGAGAAGUCGCUUUUCCAGGAAGGCAGCCGCGCCUUCUUCCCCGCCUGCUACGGCGGCGACGGGCGCCUCAAGUCGUGGGGGCUGACGCUGCGCUGCGCGCUGGUGGUCUUCACGCUGCUCAUGGCCAUCUACGUGCCGCACUUCGCGCUGCUCAUGGGCCUCACCGGCAGCCUCACAGGCGCCGGCCUCUGCUUCCUGCUGCCCAGCCUCUUCCACCUGCGCCUGCUCUGGCGCAAGCUGCUGUGGCACCAGGUCUUCUUCGACGUCGCCAUCUUCGUCAUCGGCGGCAUCUGCAGCGUGUCCGGCUUCGUGCACUCUCUGGAGGGCCUCAUUGAGGCCUACCGAACCAACGCGGAGGACUAGGGCCCGCGGGGGCGAGCCGCGACCGAGCUCCCGCGCUCUCCUCGCUCCCCACCCGCCCCACCCCCACCAACCCCGUGCGCCCCGCUGCCGCCGCGCUUGGGAAGCCAAGCUGUCAACAUCUCUGGUUCCUAGUUUCUGAUUCUGCGGGUUGGGGGUGGGAGGGGCUAGGGAUCCACCAUCCAUCGCGUCUGCGUUUCUGUUGUCCUUUCUUUUCCACAAAACACCCUGGUUUCGGGGGAGACGGGGGGCGCAUCCGCGGGCAAGGUUUUCUGUCCUUCCAGUAGGGGCCCUGACACUUUGGUCCCUGUCACCGAGGGGAGGGGUGGGAAGGGAGGGAGAGGGGGGCGCAGCUCGCUGGAGCGGAAACUUGACCUUGGGGGGGGACAUUUCACAGCCAUCAGUGCUCGGAAUCUGCGGCGUCCGGCCAUUUCCAGCAAGAGCGCUUCCCAUUCCAGAGACAUUUCAACCCCGCAGCGGGAAAGGCUGGCCGGGAAAUCCGUUUCGGGUGGGCGAAUUUCCUUCAGCCAAGCGGAGAGGCGAGGAGCCGCGGCGGGGCUGGCUUGCCUGCGGUUUUCAGGAAUCCAAACUCAUCCUGCGCAAUUUAUCAGGUUGUGGAACUGUUCUACUGUGCGUGUGGUGUGCUCGUGGUGAAUAAGGUGAAAUGUAUAUCAGAAAAAAAAUCUAUCUCUAAUUUAGAGUGCGGUGCAUAAUUAUAUCCGCAAAUAAAGAAGAAACAAAGGCG